AUGUCGACUUCCGGUUCGACGAUUUUGAUUGCGGAUGAUAAUGAUGACAUGAGAUCAUUCGUCAGGAGUGUUUUAAGUCGAUACUACACCGUAGCAGAAGCCUCUGAUGGAUUAGAAGCUUAUCAUUGGGCUAAGGCUCAUCAUCCUGAUCUAGUCGUUUCAGAUGCGAUGAUGCCGGCCUUGAAUGGAUUCGAAUUGUUAAAACGAUUGAAGACAGAUCCGGAUACAGCAGGGAUCUCGGUGAUCUUACUUUCGGCUCAUGCAGGAUCAGAGAUUCGAGUUGAAGGAUUGGCAGAAGGAGCGGAUGAUUAUUUAGUUAAACCGUUUGAAGCGAAAGAAUUAGUAGCCAGGAUUAAUACCCAUUUACAAUUAUCAAAG